CUGGCAGCAUCCUCAGCAUCACCGCGGCUCCGCCAAUCAGCGCGCGGCUCGGGGCAGAUUAACCCGUGCGGCCCCGGUGCCGCUCCGUAGUAGGAGCCACGGAGAGACGCGAGCGAUCCUCGUGGACUCGGUCUGGUCAAAUGAGGGCUCAUUAGUUAACCCGGUUCGGAGCAACUGGAAAUUGUUAACCGUCUUUUUUUUAAAUUGAGGUUUCAGCGUCGCAUCAGGAGGGAGAUGGAAGCUCGCUCGAUAAUAGGAGAAAGCACGGAUGCGAUAGUGAUGGAUGACUCUCCUACAGAUGAAAGGGAAAUCCGGGACGCUUGCCAAAGUGAGAUCCCAGCUCUUUCCCUGUGCCCUCCUGACGGCAUGUGCUCCACUGAAGCCCAGUUGACACUCACCCAGUCGGAGGGAGAGCUCUGUGACAGCUGCAGCGGCUUCAGCAGACCGCCGUCCUCCUGUCAGCUCUACCACCAAGUCCCACAGGGUCACAGAGCCAGAGCCUACACGUCCCCGCAGGCCCGCACAUGUCCCCAGUGCAGCCGCCAGGGGCCCGUCAAGCCCAGCGCCCGCUGUCGGCCGGACGCCGCAGCUCCGUGUUCUGACGGAGGUCCGGCGGCGAAGGUGGAUCACAGCUGCGCUUCUGCCCAUCCAGGACUCGUCCGGUGUCACUGGCUGCACGGGUCCAACGAGAGCGGCACCCAGAAGCCAGCGCAGCGGCACGUGGUGACAGUGAGGGACGGAGGCCUGUACAGCUUCCUUAGAAGUUAUUCCCAGAUGAUAGUGGACUACCCGCUGGCGUUGCUGCUGUGCUGCGCCGCGCUGCUGCUUGGAUGUUCACUGGCUGGACUCUUCAUCGGGCCACUGCCAGACUUCUCUGACCCCCUGCUGGGCUUCGAGCCGCGAGGGACCUACAUCGGCGUUCGCCAGUCCAGUCUGACCGAGCUGCAGCAGAACACCGGCCCCGGGAAAACGCUGUCCCCGCUCCCACCGCAGCUCGGUAAAAGCGGUUUCGGCAGCGCUGGCCGGGACGCGCCGCGGCUUCGCAUCCGGAGGACGCUGGCCUUCGACGCCCCUCAGGAAACGUUCCUCUGCGACGGUCCAGGCCAGCACUUGGCCCAGCUGGUGUUUCGAUCAGAACACUCUGCCAGUCUCUGGAGUCUGAAGGCCAUCCACGCCAUGUGUGCCAUGGAGCAACACAGGAUUCGCUCCCAGGCUCGGUUCCCGGAGCUGUGCCAGCAGCUUGUGAGGGGGGAGACGGGGGAGACGGGGGAGACGUCCAGAGGCGGCUGUUGUCCGAGCUGGUCUCUGGGGAACUACUUGGCUGUUCUCACCAACGCCUCCUGCUGCCUCAGUCUCACUUCACACCAGGUUUCGGAGUCUCUGAACCUCCUUCGAGCCUGUGCUCCGUACUACCACGCCGGUCAUCUGGUGGAGGCCUGCGUGGACACACCCAAGCGUGGCGGCUGCUCAACGGUCCCAAACCGCUGCAAACAGUCCCGGGUGGUCUUUCAAAUCCUGCACUUUCUCGUCGAUAAGGACUUCCUUGGACCGCAGACGGUCCAGUAUCAAAUCCCCACGCUGAAGUACAGCCUCCUGUUCCUGCCCGUCGACAAAGGGAAGCACAUGAUGGAGAUAUACAUGAAGCGCCUCGAGGGCCAGGAUCUGACGUCCAGCAACACCACCAUCACCGGAAUGGACUUUGGCAUCAAGCAGACCUUGUUUAAAUACUACCUGGCAAAAGACUCGGUCUACCCUGUUUUAGCUGUUGUUUCUCUUCUUUUCACUAUGGCUCUAUAUCUCCAGUCUCUCUUCAUAGUGACAUUGUCAUUAAUAGCCAUUACUGGCUCCCUCCUGACGUCUUAUUUUUUCUAUAAAGUAGCCUUUCGACUUGCUUUCUUCCCAUUAGUCAACCUCUCUGCAGCUCUGAUGCUCUUGGGAAGUUGCUCCAAUCAGGUUUUUGUCUUCGCUGAUUUCUGGAAGCUGCAGCUCUCCCAGAACCCCUCCGCCUCCCAGGAGAAGAGAGUCAACAGGGCUUUGCAGGAAGUGGGCUAUUUGAUUUUAGCAUCCGGACUGACCUCCAGCGCAGCAUUUUUCUCUGGCUAUCUCAGCAGCAUCACAGCCAUCAGAUGUUUCUCUGUUUAUCUUGGAACCAGCUCUUUGAUCAGCUCCCUCCUGGCGUUAGUGUGGCUGCCGUGCUCGUUCGUCCUGCGGGAGCGCUACAUAAAGGCGCCCUCCGCCUCUGUGGCGGUGCCGGGGUGGAAGCCGUGCUGCUCCAAAAGCCCCGGAGGCUUCUGGGAAACGGGCUCACGCAAGAGGUGCCUCUUCACCCUCGGCCAGAAGCUGAGGGAACUGAAGCGCGGUCUCACGGACACGUCCAAUUUGUUAUUCCUCAAAAUCCUGCCUUGUGGAGUGGUCAAGUUCAGGUACAUCUGGGUGUGCUGGUUCGCAGUGCUCGCUGCUGGGGGCACGUACAUGUCCUGCAUCGACCCAGGCAUGAAGCUCCCCACCCUGGACAGCAAGCUCACACAGCUCUUUGUCUCUAGUCACCCGUUCGAGCGAUACGACGCAGAGUAUCGUCAUAUGUUCAUGUUUGAGAGACAAAGGAACGGGGAGGAUAAACCUGUCACGAUAACUCUCGUUUGGGGUGUCAAACCCACCGAUAACGGGGACCUCCUCGACCCUAGAAGCAACAGCUCUUUGGUUCUAGACACAGAUUUUAACAUGAGCCGACCGGACGCGCAGGUCUGGCUACGGGAUCUUUGUGGACGCGUCCAGAACCAAAGCUUCUAUUCCCCUCAGUCAUCUGAGGAUACAGACGUAACGACAGACAACGUCUGUCUGGUGGAGCAGCUGAUACACUGGGUGUCUGUCAGACAGUGCUCAGAGAGCCACGACGUGGACUUCUGCUGUAAUGACGUCCCCUUCCCCUACCCCCCCAGCGUCUUUGAAAGCUGCCUCAGUGCGAUGCUGGCGGAGCGGUACGCCGAGGGCCAUCUGGCCCACAGCGGAGGCCUGUUCUUCCAGCCAGAUGGCAGGGUCGCUGCCCUCGUGUUGGCGUUCAGAACCACAUACCUCCACAGCUUCAACUUCACCAGAAGCAACAUUUUCUACAAAGAAAUCCGGACGUGGUUCAACGGGGAGCUAGCAGAAGCGCCGCGCGGACUAGAGAAGGGCUGGUUUAUAAGCGAGCUGUCUCUUUUUGACCUCCAACAGUCUUUAAGCUCAGAGACUCUGCUCGUAGCAGGCUUUUCAGUCGCUCUCACGUUUGUUUUGCUCUUUGUCACCACCUGGAACGUUUUGUUGAGUAUAUAUGGCACCGUGGCUGUAGGAGGGAGCGUGUUUGUCACCGUCGGCCUCCUGGUCCUCCUUGAGUGGCACCUCAGCGGCAUUGAGGCUCUGUUUAUAUCGACAGCAGCAGGAUUGUCCGUUGACUUUAUCGCCAACUACUGCAUAUCCUACAACUUGGCUCCCCAUUCGGACCGAUUUGGGAAAGUUGCGCACGCUACCAAGCGGAUGGGAUGUCCAGUAGCUAUAGUCUCCGCUGCAUUUUUCUUCAUGGGGAUCAUCAUGUUGCCUGCCACGGCCUUGGUCUUUAGAAAAUUGGGAAUAUUCCUUUUUUUGGUCAAAUGUGUAGCGUGUGGCUUUGCAACCUUCUUUUUCCAGUCUCUAUGCUGCUUCUUUGGACCCCAGAAAAACUGUGGGAAAAUAACGUUGCCUUGCUUUUUGGACCACACCGAUGGCUUGCUGUCUUCUUGCUCAGAAGCAGAGCCUGGUUCCUCAUCCUCCGCCUCGGCUGCCAACGGGGCCUUCGGCAGAGCUAGAGUGAGGAGGAGCUAUGACAAGCAGUCCGGAGGUUCUCUCUACCCAAACAGGGGCACAGUAGCAGGAGGGCAAGGGCCCGAUCAGUACGAACUGCAGCCUCUGGCCUAUCGACUGAGCGACAGCUUUGAAAACAGCACCUGCACCAGCAAACUGUCCAACCGGCCGUCUGUGCUCUCGGACGAAAUCGAGUACUGCGGGAAAGACGUGGGCAGAAAUAGCAUUGAUGGGGCGAGCGAAGAGGUGUGCAGACGUCAAAGUAAGAUGUGCCAAGCCCCUCCAGCCAUCCAGACGUCAUCGCCUUACAGAGAAAACACCCUACGACCUGUGGGGCUGGUAGAGGAAGGUCUAGCUAGGGACAAACAGCUCUGUAAAACCUGCAGGGGUCAGUCUGCCGGGACGAAGCACUGGGCCAACGCAUCCUUCUCCUCAUCCUCUAGCACAGAGGAGCCGACCAUGAGCCGCACUCUGGAGACCAUUGACCAGCCAUCUCUGUACAAAGACGAGCAAACUAUGGAAGGCCACUGUCAUCCCUCCCACAAAAGGCCCGUCUCCUCCCAGUCCCAGAGCUCCUUCGAGGGUCUGGAGGACUCCUGUGAAACAUGCCUCAGUGACAUCGAACCAGGGUCUUCCAAACUGCAACGGCACGAAGCAGAAGACGAUCAGCCACAACCAGGACAUCUCAACGGAAAGAGAGACACGCUUUGCCUCUCUCUGAAGGAAACUGUCUACGAUACCUGCAGUAAAGGCCGCACUAAUCACAGUGAGGAGGUCGUCAUCUUACCCAACAGUAAGCCAGACUUACCAGACAUCUGGAUAAAGAGAGAUGGAAAACGGGAGGAUACGUGCUGAUCAGGGUUGGCACUGUGCAUUAAUUAGGACCACCACCAACAAAAGAAGCUUCUACUUUUGUAUGCUCAAAGGAAAUAUUAGCCAACUGCAACCAAUGUGACAGUGUUUGUCCAAAACAAGGUCAGUGCGUCAGCGAAAGGUCAACGGAGCAUGACAUUCUCAAACUGGGGAAUUUACAGACAAUAAAACAUUAAAGGUUUAUGUUACCCACAAACGAGGAACAAAAACUGCCCCGUGUUAUGAUGACAUCAAGUUCUGCACCGGCUCCUGCAGAAUUCCCUUUGUGCCUGGAACAUUUCACCAUCUGCAUAGACUGGGGUCCGGACCCAUGUGCAGCCACUGGCCUUCAAAGGACGCUGUGUCUGACAGAACUGUACUGUAUAUAAGCAAGAGUAAAUCAUUAUGACAUGCACAACAGCAGCCGGCUAACGACUGCACAAGAUAUACGACAGCAUGUCAUUAUUAUGACUAUGAUAUAGAAAGUCAGAAUGUGUCAUUUGUGGCGUUCUGGCUUGUUUGCAUUCAGUGUUUCACAUAGAAAGUCGUGUUUAUUUCAGGCUCAGUCUAUGUGGCUUCAACCAGUGUUGGGUAAUUGCAUUCCAUCCAGUUAUCCAAGGAAGCCUUAACAUUCAGCUCGUUCCACAGCCCAGACGUGAUGCUAGCAAAUCUAUAUUACAGUCACGUUCAAAUAACACUAUUUAAAACAUAGGCAGCAUGAGCCAGUGUCUUUGAAAAGGUUGUUUAUAAAAUGUGUGUCUUGUGCAAAUGAUGUGCUUUAAAUUAUAAAAUGUUUUAUGGUUAUAAAUAUAUAAAGACUAAAAUAAUAUCGGAAAGCAAUGACUGAGGACAAGAAAGAUUUUUAUUUUUUAUUAUUAAUUAUUUAGUGCAGAAUCAGCAAACUUUGAGGAGCCUUGACUUUAAGGCACUAAGCAGAAUUACCUGCCUUAAAGAUGGAGAGGCUUUUUAUGAACAGGGGACGUUGAGGAACCAUCAGUAUUACUUACCGUGACAAAAGGUUGUUAAGUUUUUACAAAGAUUAAAUAAAACAAAAGCUUAUUUUGCUGCA